UUAAGAUAAUUUUUAAAAGUUGAGAUUUUAUUUUUUAAAACAACAUACGGUUUUAAUUUUAUUUCCUUGUAGAUCCUGAUUCCUUUUUGUUGUUGUUAAUUUUAAAUUAUGGUAAUUAACAUGAGCUGAAUAGUGGUUUAAUCAAGGUAGAUCUUGCUCCGUGGCUCUACAUCCCUCUUUUUUCUAUACCUCUCCUCUGUUUUUACCUGUAGAUUUGCAUGUUUGACCUAGCAGAAUAAUUGGGUCCACAGCAACAUGGGCGUGCCUCCCUUAGAAACACUUAGUUUCAUGUAUGACUCAUAGGCUGAAGCACAGACACCACUUCCCCAAUCUACAGGAGCCAUUUUAACAGCAUAAAACUUGCCGGACUGCUUUUUAUUUUCAAGCCCAAAGGACAAAAAGAGAACAGGAAUAUUUGAAGGAACAGAUGCCUGCCAUUGAUGCCUUCUUACCCAUUCAGCAUCUUACUAUGGUGUAUUGUCCUGGGGGGUAAAAUCCUCGAGGACCCUAAACAGAUGGGCAAUUGAUGCAUUUCAGAGAACUGAGAGACUACCACCCUUGUUUGGGGAAGUUCAAAUCUGGUUACUUAACUGUAACUACAUUUUGGUGUGUUUUUUAAAUUACUGUCUUCAAUAUUCACAUUUUUAAAAAUGCCAAGAAGUUCUAGAGAAGAAAAAUUUCAGAAAAAUUGACUCUGUUGGAGUAGAGUAUCAGUGAACCAAGAAAAUCUGAAGCACCAUCCCUAAAGAAAACCUGGUUUACAGUAACUUCACAGACUUAGCUGAGGGUUUUUUACCCAAAUUGGUCACUGGAUUCUGCUGCCUCAUACUUGAACCUGCUUGGAAUUUUUCUCAUGUGGAUCUAAGGGGAAUGCUUUAUUAUGGCAGCUGUGGUCCAACAGAACGACCUAGUAUUUGAAUUUGCUAGUAACGUCAUGGAGGAUGAACAACAGCUUGGUGACCCAGCUAUUUUUCCUGCCGUAAUUGUGGAGCAUGUUCCUGGUGCUGACAUUCUCAAUAGUUAUGCGGGUCUAGCCUGUGUGGAAGAGCCCAAUGACAUGAUUACGGAGAGCUCCCUGGAUGUCGCCGAAGAGGAGAUCAUCGAUGAUGAUGACGACGACAUCACGCUUACAGUUGAAGCAUCCUGUCCUAAUGGGGAUGAAACGAUUGAAACUAUCGAGGCUGCUGAGGCACUCCUCAAUAUGGAUUCUCCUGGCCCUAUGCUGGAUGAAAAACGAAUAAAUAAUAAUAUAUUUAGUUCAUCUGAAGAUGACAUUGUUGUUGCCCCAAUCACCCAUGUAUCCGUCACAUUAGAUGGGAUUCCUGAAGUGAUGGAAACUCAGCAGGUUCAAGAGACAUACGCACACUCACCAGGAGCAUCAUCACCAGAACAACCUAAAAGAAAAAAAGGGAGAAAAACAAAACCUCCACGACCAGAUUCCCCGGCCACUACGCCAAACAUAUCUGUGAAGAAGAAAAACAAAGAUGGUAAGGGAAACACAAUUUAUCUCUGGGAGUUUUUACUGGCACUGCUCCAGGACAAAGCUACUUGUCCUAAAUAUAUCAAAUGGACCCAGCGAGAAAAAGGCAUUUUUAAACUGGUAGAUUCUAAAGCAGUAUCCAGGUUGUGGGGGAAGCACAAAAACAAGCCUGACAUGAAUUACGAGACCAUGGGAAGAGCUCUCAGGUACUAUUACCAAAGGGGUAUUCUGGCAAAAGUAGAAGGUCAACGCUUGGUGUAUCAGUUUAAGGAAAUGCCAAAAGAUCUUAUUUAUAUAGAUGAUGAGGAUCCAGGUUCCAGCAUAGAGUCUUCAGAUCCAUCACUGGCUUCAACAACCACUUCAAGUAGAAACCAAGCAAGCAGGUCGAGAGUAUCUUCAAGUCCAGGGAUGAAAGGAGGAGCCACUACAGUUCUCAAACCAGGGAAUUCUAAAGCUACAAAACCCAAAGAUCCUGUGGAAGUCGCACAGCCGUCCGAAGUCCUGAGGACAGUGCAGCCUACACAGUCUCCAUACCCCACCCAGCUCUUCCGGACUAUUCAUGUCGUACAGCCAGUACAAGCUGUCCCAGAAGGAGAAGCAGGCGUAACCAGUAGCGUGCAGGACGAAACAUUACAUUCUUCUGUUCAGAGUAUUAGGACUAUACAGGCUCCUGCCCAAGUUCCAGUGGUUGUGUCUCCUGGGAAUCAGCAUUUGCAUACAGUAACACUCCAGACUGUGCCAAUCACAACAGUGAUAGCCAGCACAGAUCCAUCUUCAGGUGCGGGGUCUCAGAAAUUUAUUUUACAAGCCAUUCCGUCAUCACAGCCCAUGACAGUACUGAAAGAAAACGUCAUGCUGCAGUCCCAAAAGCCGGGCUCCCCUCCUUCCAUUGUCCUGAGCCCUGCACAUGUGCAGCAGGUCCUUACCAGCAACGUGCAGUCCAUCAGCAAUGGCACGGUCACCGUGGCUUCAUCUCCGUCCUUCAGUGCUGCGACCCCCGUGGUGACCUUUUCUCCUCGAAGUUCACAACUCGUUGCUCACCCACCUGGCACCGUCAUCACUUCAGUUAUCAAAGCUCAAGAAACAAAAACUCUUACGCAGGAAGCGGUGAAAAAGGAAGCUGAAGAUAAUUGGAAAGAAGACAGUGAGAAAACCGAGCCGCAGCCGCAGCCUUAUGUGAUGGUGGUAUCCAAUUCCAACGGGUUUGUCUCUCAGGUAGCUAUGAAACAAAAUGAAUUGCUGGAACCCAACUCUUUUUAAUGAAUAUACCAAAGGAAUUAUGGAUGAUUGGUUUUUAAUUGAACCUUGUCAGUUGUCUGCAGACUGUCUGAUUGAUUCUCAGAGAAAUUCUACAAAUGUUCCUAAUUUUGUAGUUAAUUGUUAAAAAUAUUAAUUUAGAGUUAAUGUUGACUUUGUUGGAUGAGGGAGGGAACCCAAGUGCUUCUCUUUGUUCUCCAAAUGUUUCAGAAUUCAAUUGUGAAGGAACAGGCAUUUUAUACUAUGAAGACCUUCUUUUCUGAUUUUUUUUCAGUUGCUAUAUCAUAAGCAUUUUUAACGUUUCUUUUUUAAUUUUACAUGGUAUUAGCUUUUCUGAUUCUUUUGUAAAUACAGUACGUCAAUAUAAGGCAACAGGAAAUUUAUGUAGGAACUAUUUUCAUUCCAUUUGUGUAAGUGAAAGUCUUGACUCUUCCAGGUGCAAGACACCUAUUUUCUACUUUGUUAAAAUUAUGAUUUCACUUAGAUUGACUUUAGUUGAUUGCACUGUAUAAGGAACUAUGAAUAUGUAAAAAAUAACAUGAAAAAUUGGAAAAUGUCCAUGAUAUGGCUGAACGUUACUUCAGAAGCAGGAGAGUACAAAAGCAUCAGCCUAUGAGUGGCUCUCCUGCUGGCUUGGUUAUAUAACUGGGCAAAGCCACUGGAUCUUUUUGGGCCUCAGUUCUCUCAAAAAAGGAAGAGGGGGGUGCAUUGGAUUAGACUUGAUGAUCUCCAGUUUGCUUUCUGGUUCUAAAUUUGAAGUUUCUAGCUCCUAUAUUUUAAAGUUAAAUCAACUAAAACAUUAUCACAUAUUUCUUAAUGUAAAUAUAGCUAACAUAUUACAGAAAAAUAAGUGGCCCUACAAAAUUCAUUCUUCUGUUACCUGUAAGAUCUGCUCUGAAUCUGAAUUCUUCCUAAAUACUUUGUUCAUUAACUCUUCAGGCCACUGUGCACCAUGGUCCAUUAGUAAACUUACGUUGCCGACUGCUAAACGAUAUACUGCCAUUCUGAAAGAGUCAGAGCUCUUUCUUAAGGGGCCAGAAAGCAACCAAGCCUUGGGCUAAUCUGGCUGAGUAGUCAGUUUCUAUAAAAGCAUAAUUGCUUUAUAUUUUGGAUCAUUUUUUAUUGGGAGUGGGGGGUUGCAUACAAAGAUAAUAUACAUAUAUAUCUAAGUCUCUGAAAUGAAAUAGCUUUUAGAUUACUUUUUCAACUGUAAAUAAUGUACAUUUAAUUUCACAAGAAAAAUUGUUUUCUGCAAAUUUUCUAGCACAGCAGAGGAGAAAUUUUUGUAGAUGAAAAAAAUCAUUAUGUUUAGAGGUCUGAUGUUAUAUGUUUUCAUAUUACAGAGUGAAUUUGUAUUUAAACAAAAAUUUAAAUUUUGGAAUCCUCUAAACGUUUUUGUAUCUUUAAUUGGUUUAUUAUUAAAUAAAUCAUGUAAAAAUCCUCAAUGUUUGUGUUUUCAAGCAAAUGUCUCUUAAGAACAAAUAUACAGAAAAUGUUGCUAGCGUUUACAGUGUUACUAAAUGUUCGUAUAACAAGCUCCACUGGUCAGGUUAUAAUUGCAGACUUGUCAUCCUCUCCUUUUUCCUUGCUGCUGGGCCAAACGGUGGCUUCCAGACAGCACACGAUGGAUCGCCAUAAGCUCUGAAAAUUAGAAAACCAUAAGAUUUUCUCAGCAGUGAUAUCCAACAUACUUUAAAAACCAAGGUUUCUAAUUAGAAAAUAGAUCUGUUAAUUGUUAAACUUGGAAAACAUGGAAACAAAAAUAGAAGAAAAUUAAAAUCUCAGUGUGAUACCCCUGUACACUUACCCAUUUUCUCAUGUCAGUUAAUACUCUUCCAAAACAUGAUUUUAGAAGGAGCAUUUCUGUCUCUGAAGUCAGAGGGAAGCAAAGAAGAAACUGAAUGAAUAGGCCUUGCUAAAUUUCCCUGUUCACUACCCUUCACUCAUACCCUUUUUUCCUGUCAUUUUUGAUGACUUUCCACUCUAUCAAACCUAGUAUAAAAACACUUAGGCUUAAGCAUUUCUUUGAGUCUUUAUUUCCAUAUGAAAUCUCCCAUGUCAUGUAAAACAUAUUAAAAUAAAUAUGCUUUCCUCCUUUAAUCUGUCUUUGUCAGUUUGAUUUUUAGGCUCAGCGAAGGACCCUAAGAGGGUCAUGGAAAAGUUCUUUCUCCUCCAGAACUCUCUCUAGCCAUGCAUCCCCUAACAUAAUCUGAUUGUACUGAACUGAACAGGAGCAUAGCGCUCAGUCGGUACCUGGCCUUGCACAUCAAAUCAUUGAUUCAACGUGUAUUUAUUAAGGAAGGAUCUGUGAUGUUACUGUCACGGUCCUUAACCUAAAAACCUGACGCUUUCCUCAUUUUCCAUUCAUUCUUUAACCCUCUGUAGUAUUGCAUUUGCUCUAUUACCCUGAAGUUACUGUUGAAAAGGUCACUAGUAAUUAAUUUCCAUAUUGCCAAAUUUCUAGCCUUCUUUAUCUUCCUUGACCUUUCUAGUAUUUAACCUUUUAUAACUCACUCUUAAAUUCUCUCUUGCUUUCACUUUUGUGCCCAGCUUGUUCCUAUUCUCCUCUGGCCGUAUAAUAAUUUCUUAGUAUUGCUCCAGAGACUUUUGCAAAGGUUGGAGUUCCCCACAUUUUAUCCAAUGAUCACUGUUCUUUUCUUUUUCUUCUUUUCCUUUCUUUCCUUUUUUUUUUUUAAAGAUUUUAUUUAUUUAUUUGACAGAGACACACAGCUAGAGAGGGAACACAAGCAGGGGGAGUGGGAGAGGGAGAAGCAGGCUUCCCACUGAGCAGGGAGCCCGAUAGGGGACUCGAUCCUUGCCAUAGUUGCAAGUUCCUUCUAUGUUUCUGUUUAUCAGUAAGAAGACCUUUCCCAGAACACCCUGAGCAGCCAUCUCUUCAGAGCUUAUUGGCUAGAUUGGUCAUAUACCCCUUCCUAAACAAAGUGCUGGCCAAGGAAGUAGGAUUACCAUAAAUGACUUAGCUGUGUGUUAGGGAGAUGGACAGCCAAACAAAAUUAGGGCUCCAUAGCAAGAAAUAAGGGAGGAAUGAUGCAGUUUACUAUCACCCAUACACAUCCUCCUUCCUUUACAUACACUUUCAAAAGUGCUCAUGCCUACAUAAAACUUCAUUCCCAAAGAGAGAUCAGCCAAAGUCUCAUCCAGUUACUUGAUCCAGUUUCAUGACUAGGAUGUUUGGGAUGAUGUGCAGACCUCUUUUUCAGAUCAGCUGUGCUCCCUGGUUUCUUAUCCUCCUCAGCCACAUCUAGUAUGAGCGCUCAGAAAAAGAUUUUUUCCAGGGUUCCCCAGCUUUAGAAUGCAUUUCUUGAUGGUGUAAGUUUGAUGCCCUGUCCCAGGGUCACCAUAUUCCCAUCUAGAAGAGCUGUGUCCUCAGUGCCUUCCAUCCUGCCUCUUAGACAUAGCUGGCCAGUUACACAAACCAGGGUCAGUGGGGGAUCAUUCCACUUCCAAAUACCAAACUGUCUGUCAGUUUGAGUUGUUGGUCAUUAGCAACAGAAUUGAAUUCUGGUUUUUAGCAUAAAAGAAGUUCUAUUAGAAGAAUAUUGCAUAGCUCAUAGAAUAGACACAAGGACUAGAGAAUCGAGAUCCAUCUGAGUCAUGUAGCUAGGAACAAACUGCACAACUAGUCUAGCAGGGAAAUUGUAGCCACUGUUGUCAAGUACUGAACACUGAGCUUUGUAUUACUGUCUCUACUGCCUUAGGAAUUAGAUCUUGAUAGGGGUGCUGCUGCCUCUAGAGAGAAUUAACCAGGGUACUUCCUUGAUUCAUUGUGUCAACUAGUUACCAAUUUUUGUGCCGGGCAGAGCCUAGGUCAAGUGUCCAGCCAGGACUUGAACUCCAAGGGAUGUUGAGAAAGCAAAAGUUUAGCUUCUCAACUAGUUUGGCAUUUUCAGCUUCUAUAGAGGAGGCUGCCUCAGUGGGCAUUAAGACUCAAGGAACCCCCCAAACAUAAGGGGGCUGAGACUCUGAGCUGCCCAAAAGAAUGACCUAUGUCUUCUGUAAGGGAAAAGCCAGAUUUGUGGAGCUUGAAUUUACACAAUUUGGUGGUUGGGUGGGUGAAGGGGACAUGGUUAGGAAAAAACAAAACCCCUGCAUUUGCUGUCACUCUGCUUUGCACAGUUUAUCUCAUUCUUUUUUAAAAAAAAUAUUUAAGUAAUCGCUACACCCAAUGUGGGGCUCAAAUUCAUGAUCCCGAGAUCAAGAGUCACAUGCUCUUCUGACUGAGCCAGCCAGGUGCCCCCAGUUUAUCUCAUUCUAUUUGGCUAACUUCUACCUGUUCUUUGAACCUCAGCUUAGACAUUACUUCUUCUUGAGAGCUUUCUCUGAGCUCUUAGAAGCUUCCCACUGCUGUCAUAGAGCCUUUUAAUUUCUCCCAUUUGGGCACAUACAACACGACAAUAAUAAUUGCCGGCUGAUAAGUGUGAUUCCAACACUAUAUAAGAGCCAAACUUGUAGUAAUUUUAGUACUUUCAGGUCCUAGUGUAAUAUUUAUAACUGUACAUACUAGAUAUUUAUUAAAUACCUGACUACAUUUUCUCCUUGCCCGUUUUCACACUAGUUUUCUCAUGUUGCUAACUACCAUCUGUAUGCUGAUGACUCUCAAAUCUUAUCUAUGGAGCCAAACUUGCCUUAAAAAUAGCUUUAUGGAGCUGUAAUUGAUAUACAAUAAACUGCACAUGUUUAAACAGUAUAAACUCAUCAUCACAAUAAUCAAAUGGUGAACCUUCCCAGGUUUGCUGAACAUUACCCUAAAAGUUACCUUGUGCCUCUUUGUAACUACUCCCUUCUUGCUGUUGCUCCUUGCUCUUCUUGGCCUAUUCCACCCCCUUGUUGACCACUGAUCUGCCUUCUGUCACUAUAGAUUAUAUUAGUUUGCAUUUUCUAGGAUUUUUAUAAAUGGAAUCAUAGAGUAUAUACUAUUUUUUGUCUGGCUUCUUUUACUUAGUGGAAUUAUUUUGAAAUUUAUCCAUGUUGUGGUGUGCAUCAAUUUAUCAUUCCUUUUUUUUUUUAAGAUUUAUUUGAGAGAGAGAGAGAACCUGAGUGGGAGGGGUGGAGGGAGAGGGAGAGAGAAUCUCAAGCAGACUCCAUGCUGAGUGCAGAGCCUGAUGUGGGGCUUAAUCUCAGGACCCUGAGAUCAUGACCUGAGCCGAAACCAAGAGUCAGACGCUCAACCAAGCGUGCCACCCAGGCACCCCAGUUUAUCAUUCCUUUUAUUACUUAUAUUUCAUUGCAUAGAUAUACUACAGCUUGUUUAUCUACUCGCCCGUGGAUGGACAUUUGGGUUGUUUCUAUUUUCAGCUAUUACCAUUAAAGCUGCUAUAAAUAUGCCUGUACUAAUCUUUAUAUGGACAUGCAUUUUCUUAUCUCUUUGGUAAUACCUAGGAGUGGUCUGUCUGGGUCAUAUGACGGUUGUGCCAUUUUACAUUCCCACCAGCAGAGUAUGAGUUUUUCAGUUGCUCUACAUCCUAACAUUUUAGCCAUUUUUUUUAAAAAAAAGAUUUUAUUUGAGAGAGAGUGAACGAGAGAGAGAGAGAGCAUGAGCAGGGUGGAGGGGCAGGGGGAGAGAGAGAAGCAGACUCCCCACUGAGCAGGGAGCCCGAUGUAGGGCUUGAUCCCAGGAACCUGGAAUCAUGACCACAGCCAAAAGCAGACCCUUAACCAACUGAGCCACCCAGGUGCCCGUAACAUUUUAGCCAUUUUAAUGUGUUGUGGUAUCUCAUUGUGGUUUAAUUUACAUCUCUCUAAGGACACUGAUUCUGAACAUCUUUUGAUGUGUUUAUGUGACAUCCACAUAUCUUCUUUGAUGAAAUGAUUGUUAAAAUUUUUUGCCUGUUAAAAAUUCUGUUGUUUUUUUAUUACUGGGUUUUGAGAACUCUAUAUAUUCUGGAUGCAAGCUCUUUAUCAGCUAUAUGAUUCCCAACUAUUUUUAAAGUGCAGAAACCUUUUAAUUUUGGUAAAGUCCAAUUUAUCAAUUUCCUCUUAAGGAACAUGCUUUUAGUGUCACAUCUAAGAAAUCUUUGCCUAAUCCACAGUCACUAAGAUUUUCUUCCUUCUAGAGUUUUAAAGUUGUGUUUUUUUUUUUAGGAUUUUAGAGAGUGCACACGUGAGGGGGGAUAGGGGCAGAGGAAGAGGGAGAGAAUCACAAGCAGACUCCCUGCUGAGUGCAGAGCCUGGCACAGGGCUUGAGUUCACAACCCCAAGAUCCAUGACCUGAGCAGAAACCGAGAGUUGGAUGCUCAACUGACUGAGCCACCGAGGCGUCCCUAGAAAUUUUAAACUUUGAAGUUUUACAUUUAGGUCCAUGAUCCAUUUUGAAUUAAUUUUUUUUAAGAUUUAUUUAUUUAUUAGAGAGAGAGCACACGCAUACGCAAGCACGAGUGGAGGGAGGAGCAGAGGGAGAGGGAGCAGCAGAGUCCCCAGUGUGCAGGGAGGCUGACGCUGGGCUCCAUCCCAGGACCCCAGGAUUAUGACCUAAGCCCAAGGCAGACACUUAAUGGACUGAGCCACCCGGGCACCCCAGCUAUCCUUUCAACUAUCUACCCUGAAUUACCUUUGGACCUUUGUUGAAAAUUAGUUGUCUAUGUAUGUACAGGUGUAUUUAUGGACUCUAUUCUGUUCUAUCAAUUUGUCUAUCUUUGUGCCAGUACACAAGGUUGAUGUGCUGAAAUCAGGUAGUGUUAGCUCUCCAAAUUUAUUUUUCAAAGUUGAUUUGACUAUUCUAACUUUGCAUUUCCAUUUGAAUUUGCAGACUCAGUAUGUCAACUUCUGAAACAGAAAAAGCCUUUGGGGUUUUGAUUGGGAUCAUGUUGAAUCUAUAGAUCAACUUUGGAAGAACCGACAUUUUAACAAUAUUGAGUCUCCAUAGAUGCCUCACCAUUUGUUUAAGUGUUAAUUUCUCUCAGCAAAGUUUCAUAAUUCUCAAUAUAUACUUUUUGCACAUUCUUUGUCAGAUUUAUUUUUUAGUAUUUAAUAUUUUUGAUGCAAUUGUAAAUGUCAUAAAUUUCAAAUUGUUUGUUGAUUUUGUUUUAAAUCUUUCCCUAUUUAUUGAGGCAUGAAAGGCACAAAUCUUAUGUGUAUGACUCAAUAAAAUUUUGCAUCUGAAUAUACUGAUGUAACUGCCACCUAAAUCAAGAUGUGUGACAUUUCCUGCAUCCAAGAAGUUUCCCUCACAGCUCUUCCCAACUAGAUCACUUUCUGGUAUCCCUCAAAAUAGUCUUUAUCUUCAUAUAAAUGGAACCAAUCAGGAUGUACCUUGUCUGGCUUCUUUAACUCAACAUUAUGUAUGUGAGGUUCAUACAUAUUGUUGUGUGUAUUGGUAGUUCAUUCUUAAAUCAUUGCUCUAUAGUUUUUUCCUCCUAUCAAAGGACAUUUCCAGUUUUUCCUACUGUGAAUAAUGCUGUAAUCAAUAUUCUUGUACACAAACAUAAGUACUCUUUUCUCUUGGGGAUAUGCCCAAUGGUAGAAUUAUUGGAUAAUAGGGUAUAUGUGGGACUAGCUUUAGUAGAUACGGUCAAAAAAUUUUCUAGGGGUGCCUGGCUGGCUCAGUCAGUGAAGCAUGCGACUCUUGAUCUUCGGGUUUUAAGUUCAAGCCCCACUUUGGCUGUAGAGAUUACUUAAAAAAAAAUCUUAGAAAGUUUUCUAAGGUAAUUCCACCAAUUUAUACUCCUACUAGCAAUAUACAUAAGUUAUAGGUGCUCCACUUUGCCAAGGCUUGGCAUUGGAAUUCCUUUUAAACAAUUCUGGUGAGUGUUUAGGACUGAAGCAUGAUUUUAAUGUCCCUAAUAUAGCUAUUGAUGUAGAACUUCUUUUCAUAUGCAUAUUGGCCAUUUAAAUAACAUUUGAAGAUCAACCAAAGUAACUGACUUAACGUAUUAAAGAAAAAAUAGAUACGAACAUUUCAAUAAAGGCAAAAAAAGCUUUUGCUAUUGAAUGCUCUCCCCUCUGAUGUUAUAGCUAAGAAGCCCAUUAUCAUUAUUCUAGUCAACACUGAAUGAGACAUACUAGCCAGAAAAAGACCAAGAAAAAGAAAUAAAAGGUAUAAUCAUUGCACAGGACAUUAAACCAUCUUUAUUAACAGAUGACAAAAUUGUAAUCAUAGAAAUUCUAAAAGAAACUACAAGGUAUUAGAAAUAAGAGAACUUGGUAAGAAAGCUGAAUAUGAGGUCAAUA